AUGGAUGCAAGGAAGACAGCAACGUCAGAAUGUCUAUUGUUGACAUACUAUCCAAACGCUUUCAAAGCUCUCUUAGAAAAAUGCGAAAUUUGCAGGAAUUCGACGAAGGAAAUCGACAGAAUUUGGCAGACUCCAUGUUUCCUGUGCGCUGAGAAAGCUGUGUCGGUCUCGGUUGAUCUGCUCGAGGAAGACCUCGCACUCUCCGACUCGGACAGCGAUUCCGAUGAUGACGUCACUAAUGAUGUCACUUGCUGGUCGCAGGAGUCGGUUGCUGCCUCGUUCCUGGCAGCUUCUUUCGGUUACAGCUCAAAUUCAGAGAGUGACUCAGAGGACACGGUUGUGGCAAGACGCAAGUCGGUUGCAUUGCCACGCCGACGAGAAUGUCAGGAAAUCGUGUCCGAUGAUGAAAUAUCUGAUGACGAAGGUUGUGAUUUGACGGACAAACGCCGCCGGCGAAGGCGACGAUACAACCGCCUGGAAAAGGAACGUACGGACUUCACACAGUCCGACAAUAAGGACUCGUUAAGUCCUGAGUCCGGUUCUUCUCAGGAAAAUACCAGCUCGAGUGAGAGCGAGUCAAGUGAUUCGUCAUGCUCUAAUUCGGACAGUGACGAUUCAACAUCCGGGUCAUCUAGUAACUCUGACUCAGACAGUGACGAGUCGUCAUCUGGGUCAUCUAGCGACUCGGACUCAGACAGUGACGAGUCGUCAUCUGGGUCAUCUAGCGACUCGAAUUCUGGAAGCUGCAGUUGUAGCUCAGCGUCUGGCAGCUCUUCGGGCGACAGUGAUUCUGACGCAGACGGUGAUGAUGCGCGGGAAAUCGACCUAAGGUUUGAUAGAAAUCCCUGCCUUGCGACUUGCGUGUGUCGGUCUAGCAGUAAUAUGUUUCAGAUUCCGCCCGCACGCAGACGCCGAACGGAACAGUCGCUGUACUACGAGGUUCUUAAUCGACAGCUGCUUAAGUCAUAUAAUGCAGCUCGCGAAAUCGACCUCCGGUUUGAAGAAAACCCCUGCCCGGAGACCUGUGUAUGUCGGUCUAGAAGAAACAUGCUGCAGGUUAAACGUGCCCACCGACGCGAAACGGAGCCUCCUCUGUACCGGGUGGUUCUGUCUCGAAGGUUGCUGAGGCCCUCGAACCGGAUAGUCCACGACUGCUGCCAGUACCGAUGUAGCAGGAGGUGGCAGCGCCCUAGCAGACCUGAUCUAGAUUAGUUUUAUAAUAGUAUAUAGUAUAGGGUAUGCUUUGAUUUGUAGAGGCGUCGUACAGAUCUAAAUGGACUUAAUACUUGAUGUGGUUUGUGAUUUUAAUAAGCCAUGUAGAUUUCUGAGCGCCCGUACAGGCCGGUUUGAGAUUAUAUUAAUUCGUAUAUGUGUAUAUCGUCAUGCAAUUAUAUUUAGGUAGCUCUGAUAUAAAAUGACGUCGUACGAUAGGAUUUAUAUUAGUCAAAUAAUUGCCUAACUUUGUUAUGAGGAUAUCUAGGUAAAGCUCUGUUUUGCGACUUCGCCCGUUCAGACUUUAACUAGAUAAUGACAAUUGAUUAGUUGUGAAGGUGUAUCUAAUUGGUUUCAAUGGGUAAAUGUAUCGCGCAAUUAUGUAAGUAAUUCUCUGUGUUACGAAGAUUCCAUAAUGACCUGAUCUUGUAUACGUUGGGUGACAGUUUUGUUUGCCUUUGAUAUCUAAUCACCUUUGACUAAGUAAAGGUUACUUGUUAGAGGAUGAGCAUAUGGUUCGCAUAGGCUCAUUUACGUUAACAAAGCCACUGCUGUAUCUUUACAAUAACCUCACGAAAACAUUAAUUAUUUCUUUUAUAUUUUCAGAUAUUAAGAUCUGCGCAAUCAUCUAUUCUUGAAUAGACUGUUCUCACUUGAUAUUUGUAUUCAUUUCUAUUUUUCUCUUCUGGUUUCAGUUUUUCUAUUUGGGUUCUCUACAGGACCUGCAAUAACUUCGAAAGAAGUAUCUUGAAAUUGUCAAACUGCGCCGCGUGUCGGUGUGCUCUAUGUGAACAUGUUAAAGAGGUUGAUUGAGUCCAAUGCAUGGACACACGUCUUGAAGAGCACGGCUUGAGUACCACGACUCGAAACUCUGUACUUACACAUCACGACUUGAAGACCACGACUUAAAGACAACUACUUGAGAAUACAAAUUGAAGUCUACAGCUUGAAGCCCUCGACUUGAGGUCCACGAAUUGAAGAACACGACUUUAAAUCAACGAUUUAAAAAGCACGAAAAAUCUACAACAUAAAGACAUAAAAUUAAAAACCACGACUUGAAGUUCACAACUUGAGGUCCAAGACUUUAAGUCCACGACUUGAAGUCCAAGACUUGAAGACCACGAAUUGUAAAUCACGAUUUGAAAAAAAACGCUUCAUGUACUUAAAGAGCACGACAUGAAGCGUUCGACUUGAAGCAAUCGACUUGAAGACCACGACAUGAAGUCCACAGCUUGAAGUCCAAGACUUGAAGACCAAGUCUUGAAGACCACGACUGAAAGUCAUCGACUUGAAGCCCUUCACUUGAAGACCACGACUUGAAGCCCUCGACUUUAAGACCGCGACUUGGGAAUCACGACAUGGAGAUCACGACUUGGGAAUUAAGACUUGAAGCCCACGACUUGAGAAUCACGACUUGAAGUCCACAACUUCAGGUAAACGACAUUAAGUCCACGACAUGAAAUCCUUGACUUGAAGACCACAAAUUGAGAAUCAUGACAUGAAGACCAUGACACCGCGAUUUGAAGACCAUGUCUUGAGAAUCACGACCAUAGCGUACAGGCGGGUUUUCUCCGGAACGAAGAAGAAAAACUUUACAGUAGUUUCAACGGUUGCUGAGGCCCUCCAAUCGGAUAAUCCACGACUGCUGCGAGUACCGGUGUAGCAGGAGGUGGCAGCGCCCUAGCAGACCUGAUC